CAUUGCACACUAACCAGCAUCCCAGUCGCCCAGGGCUUCUGUCCAGCCAUCGGCUGCCUUUUCUAAGGAUGAGCCAGCUUGGCCUAUGGUUUCAUGCUGUCAGUAUCAGAGGAAUCCUCACUGGCGCCAUCUUCAUUCUGGGCUGCUGGGGGCGCUCUGAUUUCCAGAAGAGUUUUCUUCCAGAUCUGGAGCCCAAGGACGUGUCUUCUUACUUUGGCCACCAUGCUGCUGUACUCACAGCCUCUUCCUCCCCCCUAGGCCGUCCUUCCUCUCACCUCCAGAGACUGAGACGGAGAAGAACUUUGGAGGACAUUCUGCACCUGGAACUCCUGGUGGCUGUGGGCCCCGAUGUUUACCAGGCUCACCAGGAAGACACAGAGCGCUACGUGCUCACUAACCUCAAUAUCGGGUCAGCGCUGUUAAGAAACCCAUCCCUAGGCACUCAGUUCCAGGUGCACCUGGUGAGGCUGAUGAUCCUCUCUGAGUCGGAGAGUACUCCGAAUAUCACGGCCAACAUCACCUCAUCCUUGAUGAGUGUCUGCGAGUGGAGCCAGAUGGUCAACCCCCAUGAUGACAGGGAUCCAAGUCAUGCUGACCUGGUUCUCUAUAUAACCAGAUUUGACUUAGAGUUGCCUGAUGGUAACCAGCAGGUUCGGGGGGUCACCCAGCUGGGAGGUGCCUGCUCCCCGUCCUGGAGCUGUCUUAUCACUGAGGAUACUGGCUUUGACCUGGGGAUCACCAUCGCCCAUGAGAUUGGGCACAGCUUCGGGCUGGACCACGACGGUACUCCAGGCAGUGGCAGUACCUGCAGGGCCAGCGGCCACGUAAUGGCGUCUGAUGGUGCUGCGCCUACUGGAGGGGCCCUGGAGUGGUCCGCCUGCAGCCUAAGGCAGUUGCGGCAUCUGCUCAGCACAGGGCAAAUGCACUGCUUCCGGGACCCACCUGGACUGCAGUCAGAACUUACAUGGCACCAGCUGGUGGCACAGCCUGGCCUCUACUACAGUGCAGAUGAUCAGUGCCGUGUGGCGUUUGGCUCUGGAGCUGUCGCCUGCACCUUCUCCAGGGAGGGUCUGGAUGUAUGCCAGGCUCUGUCCUGCCACACAGACCCCCUGGACCAAAGCAGCUGCAGCCGCCUCCUUGUUCCACUCCUGGAUGGGACAGAAUGUGGUGUGGAGAAGUGGUGUUCCCAGGCUCGCUGCCGCUCCCUAGCUGAGCUGGCUCCUGUGGCUGCGGUACAUGGUCACUGGUCUAGCUGGGGCCCCCACAGUCCCUGCUCCCGAUCCUGUGGAGGAGGUGUGAUCACCAGGAGGCGGUGGUGCAACAACCCCAGGCCUGCAUUUGGGGGCCGUGCAUGUGUGGGUGAGGACCUCCAGGCUAAGAUGUGCAACACGCAGGCUUGUGAGAAGACUCAGCUGGAGUUCAUGUCUGAGCAGUGUGCCAAGACAGACAGACAGCCACUGCAACUUUCCCAAGGCACUGCCUCCGUCUAUCACUGGGCUGCUGCUGUGCAGCAUAGUCAAGGGGAUGCUUUGUGCAGACACAUGUGCUGGGCUGUUGGAGAAAACUUCAUUGUCAGCCGCGGAGACAGUUUCCUAGAUGGGACCCGGUGUGUGCCAAGUGGUCCUCGGCAGGAUGGCACCCUAAGCCUCUGUUUGUUGGGCAGCUGCAGGACCUUUGGCUGUGAUGGCAGGAUGGACUCGCAGCAGGUUUGGGAUGUGUGCCAGGUGUGUGGAGGAGACAACAGCACCUGCAGUUCCCAGAAUGGCUCUUUCACAGCUGGGAGAGCCAGAGAAUAUGUCACGUUCCUGAUUGUUACUCCCAACAUGACCAGCGUACACAUCGUCAACCGCCGGCCUCUCUUCACACACUUGGCGGUGAGGAUCCAGGGUCACUACAUUGUGGCAGGGAAGACCAGCAUCUCGCCUAACAUCACAUACCCUUCCCUUCUGGAGGACUGCCGCGUGGAAUACACAGUGACUCUCACGGAGGACCAGCUGCCCCAGUUAGAGGAGAUCCACAUCCGGGGACCUGUCCUCGAUGACAUUGAGAUCCAGGUGUACAGACGAUAUGGAGGAGAAUAUGGGGAUCUUACGCACCCAGACAUCACCUUUACCUACUUCCAACUGAAGCAGCAGGCAGCCUGGGUAUGGACUGCUAAGCACGGACCCUGCUCAGUGAGCUGUGGGGCAGGGCUGCGCUGGGUGACCUACAGCUGCCAGGAUCAAGCUCAAAACAAGUGGGUGGAGAAUGCCCAGUGCCAAGGGAGCCCACAGCCACCUGCAUGGCAAGAGCCUUGUGUCUCUGCACCCUGUUCCCCACAGUGGGAGGUGUCAGACCCUGGCCCUUGCAUGUCAUCUGCCUGUGAGGCAGGUCUGGACUCAAGGAAUGUGACAUGUUUGCCCAGGGUGGGUGACCCGGAGAAGUUAGCGACAGCAGGCCCCUGCGGCACAGAGGAGAUGUCACCUAUGCUGGAGCCCUGUUUCAGGACCACAUGUUCCCCAGGUUCAGGUCAGGUGGACACCAUGUCUCUGGGAGAGGAGGCUCCAUCCCCAGCGGGCAGUGACAAGCCAGGGGUUCAGGCUGAGCAUGUGUGGACUCCUCUGGUGGGGCUGUGCUCCAUUUCUUGUGGGAGAGGUCUGAAGGAACUGUAUUUCCUGUGCAUGGAUUCUGUCCUCAAGAUGCCUGUCCAGGAAGAGCUAUGUGGCUUGGCUAGUAAGCCCCCAAGCCGGUGGGAGGUCUGCAGGGCUCGCUCAUGUCCUGCUCGGUGGGAGACUCAAGUCCUGGCACAGUGCCCGGUGACCUGUGGAGGGGGGCGAGUGCCCCUGGAUGUUCGUUGUGUGCAGUUAGACCACGGCCGCCCUGUGUCUGUACCUCACUCCAAGUGCUGGCCAGUGCCUAGACCAGGCUCCUUCAAGGACUGCAGCCCGGAGCCUUGUCCUGCUAGAUGGAAAGUGCUGUCCCUUGGCCCAUGCUCAGCCAGCUGCGGCCUUGGCACUGCCACACAAGUGGUGGCCUGCAUGCAGUUUGACCAGGGCCAUGACAACGAGGUGGACGAGACCUUCUGUAAGGCUCUGGUGCGGCCCCAGGCCAGGGUCCCCUGCCUCACUGCUGACUGCACAUACCGGUGGCACAUCAGCGCCUGGACAGAGUGCUCUGUCUCCUGUGGGGAUGGUGUCCAGCGCCGGCAUGACACCUGCCUUGGACCCCAGGCCCAAGUGCCUGUGCCAGCCAACUUCUGCCAGCACCUGCCCAAGCCAGUGACCGUGAGAGGCUGCUGGGCUGGACCCUGUGCAGGGCAGGAGACCUCCAGCUCACUGCCUCACAAGGAAGCUACUCUUCCCAGUCAGACCCAGGCUGCUGUCACUGUUGGCUCUCUGCAGUGGUCCCAGCCCCAAGCCCAGCCCCACACCCUUUCCCCAGUCUCCCGGCCUCUGGGGCUCCAGGAAGAUCUGGAAGAGCACGGUGCCUGUGGAAGGCAGUACCUGGAGCCCACAGGAACCAUUGACAUGCGAGGUCAAGGACAGCUAGACUGUGUGGUGGCCAUUGGGAGGCCUCUAGGCGAAGUGCUGACCGUGCAAAUCCUCGAGAGCUCCCUCAAGUGUAGUGCAGGGGAGCUGCUGCUGCUCUGGGGCAGGUUCACAUGGAGGAAGAUGUGCUGGAAGAUGCCUGGCGUGACUUUCAGCACCAAAACCAACACGUUGGUGGUGAGGCAGCAUCGUGUGCUGCCGGAAGGUGGAGUGCUGCUACAGUACCAGAGCCGACCUGCCCCGGGGACCUUCUACAAAGAAUGUGACAGGCAGCUCUUUGGACCUCGGGGUGAAAUUGUGAGUCCCUCGCUGAGCCCAGAGAGGAGGAAGGCAGGGACCUGCAGAGUCUUCAUCAGUGUGGCCCCACAGGCCCGCAUUGCUAUCCGCGCUCUGGCCAGUGGCAUGGGCACUGCUUCUGAGGGGACCAAUGCCAACUAUGUCUCGAUCAGGGAUAUCCACAGUCUGAGGACCACAACAUUUUGGGGGCAGCAGGUGCUCUUCUGGGAGUCGGAAGGCAGCGAGGCUGAACUGGAGUUUAGCCCUGGCUUCCUGGAGGCUCAUGCCAGUCUCCAGGGCCAGUAUUGGACCAUCCCACUGAGGACACCGGAACAGGACAACAGCCUGGCUCUGGCCUAGAUUUCUCUCCAACAGCCGGCAGGAAAGGGGAGGCAACCAAACUCCAGAAAGGGUGACCGUCCCUGGAGUAUGCAACUCUAGCCUCUUGAGAAGUUCUAAUGCUUGCUAACCUUAGGGGACCUCUUUUAAUGACCUUUUCCAGGUGCAGUAGGGCCGGGACUAGGAGGUGGAGAUCAGAAAAGCAGUCCCAUCUCCCAGAGGCUAAUAAAGGAUACAGGAACACA